GACCCGCGGUCGAUGCCGGUGAGGAGGGGGAUGGGCGCCUCUGCGAAUGUAAGGACCCGAGACAGAAUCAGAGCCCUGUAUCACAUACAGCAGCAUAUACCCCAUUAUAAAUAGCGACUGUAAAUAUACAAUACACUAAAAUAAAUGGAUUUACUCACCGGGGAUCUAUUAUAGACACUCAAUGGAUGCAGUGCACCUGAGCAGGACGGGGAAUUUAACUUUCCACCUAUGCGUGGGAGACACUGAGAAGUUUGUUUCCUACCCCUGGAGAGGGAGCUACUUUUGAGGGCAAAGGAUACAGGAGACUCCGAGGCCGAAUUCUAGGCCUACUGGUCUGGUUGGAAUUGAUGUUGGGAUACUCUAAGGACUUCGUACUAUACAUGAAUUUGCCUCGUUUUUACAACUUUGGAAUGCCUCUUUAGGUCCCCCAUGACCGUGAGCCGUGGGCUACGGCUCAGCGGCGCCCCACCUCUGGAGCGGUCGAUUUCUGUAGCUGGGACCCUGUGAUUCCCCUCCCCACCUCUUCUCCUCCCCCCCAUCCUGUCCCUCCCCUCCCCCUCCCUCUCCUCCUCCCCCCUCUUCCCCCCCUCCCACGCGUCGCUGUGCUGGACGACAUGAGCAUAGUAAUCGCGCUGGGAGUCACCACACCUGAAACGUCUUACUCAGAUAUGGCUGCUGGAUCAGACCCUGAGUCAGUUGAAGCAAGCCCUGCAGUGAAUGAGAAAAACUACAAUAACCACAGCUGUGGGAGCGCACAGAGUCAUGGGUAUCGGGGACUACCAUAUGCUAUGCAACAGUCUUCCGUUGUGUGUUGUCAGGAUCACAACUAUGGCGCGCCCCCUCCCCCUACCCCACCCGCCUCCCCGCUCUCCCAAACCAUCAUUCCCCGCAUGGAUCUCAACGGCGUGGUACGCAGCUCCCGCUAUCUCGAAACUGCUGAGGACAACUCAGCCGACAGCGACAGCUCCUCAGAGGAGGACGGGGCCGUGGCCAGCUGGUGUCACUGCAGCCUGACGCCGGACGGCCUGCUCAUCAAAUGUGAUAACUGCAGAGGACUGGACAGGAGGAAAGGAGCAGAAGGGCAGCACAGAAAAGCAGAAAAUGUCUCAGCUGGAGAGAGCAGUGCAACAGAGAGUGGUGAUGAAGAGGUAUCACCCUCCACCAUCUCCUAUACCGCCACCCAACAUACGCCAACUAGUAUCAAGCUCACUGUCAACCGAGUCAAAAGGAGCAAAUCCAAAAAGAGGAAGAAGAGCACGGAAAAGGCCCGUGGAACACCGAAGAGCAAAAAAGUUAAGGCUUUUCGAGAGGGUUCUAGAAAAUCCAUGAGGAUGAAGAACUCAACCACAGAGGCAAAUGUGCUGGAUGAGAACACAGCAGAGGGAUGGGAGAGCAGAAUCCGCCAGUGGACUGACCAGUAUGAGGAGGCUCUGGCCAAUCAGUACAGCGCCGAUGUCCAGACGCUACUCCAGCUUCACCGUCCUGCCAGCACCACCAUCUCAAAGGCAGAGAGCGGCACCACCACGCCGCCUUCCAGCACACAGAUUCACGUCUCGGUUGACGCCAUGGACACAAUCAAUCGCACCGAGCUGGCCUGUAACAACACGGUGCUGGGCUCACAGAUGCAGCUGCAGCUUGGCCGGGUAACACGUGUGCAGAAACACAGAAAAAUCCUCCGAGCAGCCAAGAACCUGGAGCCAGACACACUCAUCAUCGAAUAUCGGGGAAAAGUCAUGCUCAAGCAACAAUUUGAAGUCAAUGGGCACUUCUUCAAAAAACCAUACCCUUUUGUACUGUUCUACUCAAAAUUUAACGAAGUAGAGAUGUGUGUUGAUGCAAGAACCUUUGGAAAUGAUGCCCGAUUCAUCAGGAGAUCCUGUACACCCAAUGCUGAGGUUCGGCAUAUGAUUGCUGAAGGCAUGAUCCAUCUGUGUAUCUAUGCCGUCAGUCAAAUCACCAAGGACACUGAGGUCACCAUUGGAUUUGACUACGAGUUCAAUAGCUGUAAUUACAAAGUGGACUGUGCCUGCCAUAAGGGCAACCAGAACUGCCCGGUGCAGAAACACAACCUGAGCCCCAGGGAGAGUUUGCUGAGUCCCCCUUCCCUGCCCCCUCCCUCCCCUCUGGUUGGUGCUGAGACCCGGCGGAGAAAAGCUCGGAGGAGAGAACUGGAGGGCUGUCUGGCUGGUGACAGCAACCAGACCCUGGACCAGCAACAGGAGGCCAAAGAUCUACCGGGGACCAGUGACACGGAGGAGAGGCUGCUGGACGAGGUUAAGGUGGAAGAGGGGGAGGAAGGAGAGGUGGAUGAAAAUGGGGUCGUCAUCUCCAGUAAAAGAACUUUCAACAGCUUGGACAGGAGGAGGAGGAAAGUAGGAGGAGCAGAUGUAAAGGAGGAGGGUGUAGAAACUGAGGAUGGGGCAGGAAACCCCACAGGAAACACCCCCGUAUCUCACAGUACUGGUGUGGGGGUCAGCACACGACGCACCACCUAUGUCAUGGAAGUGCCAUCUAUCGAAGAAAAGACCUCGUUACCCAACCUGCCCGCACCAGUUGUUCCCCCUAAACCUGCGAGGCCUACCAAGCCUCGGCCUAAAAGUCGGAUAUCUCGCUACCGGUCGAGCUCAUCCCAGCGUGCCCGGCGGCAGCGUCAAGCCCUGGCCCAGCAGGCUGCGGCAGCUGCUGCUGCAGCAGCGAUGGCAGCUACUCCUACAUCAACCGAUCAGGGCGUCACUCUGGAUGAGGAGGGUUCUCAGGGCCCAUAUGGUGCUGAACAUGGCCACGGGGAGAGUAGCCUGGGAGGUCAUCUCCUAGAUGGAGAUGGUCAGGGCCUAAACUGCAUAAACAGAGGCAACCUGCGCUACCCCAAGACCAAGAAGUACCUGGUGACGGAGUGGUUGAACGACAAGAUCCCUGGGGGGGAGAGGGUCCACCAGGAGGUGCCCGUUGAGCGCCCACUGAGGAUAACCACUGACCCCACGGUGCUGGCCACCACCCUCAACAUGCUUCCAGGCCUCUCCCACUCAUCGCUCAUCUGCACCACACCCAGACACUACGUCCGCUUCGGCUCCCCGUUCAACCCCGAGAGCCGCCGGCCUCGUCCACUGCAAAUGGACGGCACUUAUGGCUGCUACAAAAAGAGAUGGAUCAAGCAGGUGGAGGAUGAGAGCUGCUCCGCCAGUGUAGAGGACGGCACAGAGUCCACCUCCUCCCAGCAAAGUACCAGUAGCAGGUCCACCCCCAACCCUCUGUGUAGCGAACUCAAUGCACCGUUUAAAAAGCGUCGCUCCAAGUAUAUGACAGAGGCGACACCAGCACCUUCAGACCACCUGCUUCGCCCGCUGUCGCCAAUCACACCGCCGCUCCCAGAGGACUCCCUCCACCCGUUGCUCCACCCUCCCUCCCUGCUGCCCAAUGGCUUGGUCUACUCACCCAUGCCUUCACUGCCCGCCAGCCGCUGCAACACACCACUGCAAUUCGAAAACAUAUCAUCUCCCGAGGCUUCUCCUGUCCACAGGCCAGAGUCCAUCUCUCCAGAGCCAUGUCUUCAGACAGACUUUGACAUCUCUCGGCCUCAGUUCCCGGACUUGUCGCUCCCCUCCAGCUUGGAGAGCCCCGUGGCCGUGACCUCGGAUGACUUUUCACUUCCUUCAGGCCAAGAUUCCCAGGGCCCGUCGUCUGUAGGGACCAGUUCUCUCAACCCAGUGUCAUGCCCUUCCUCGGACCUAAACCCCCAAAACAGGGAGCAGGCCUUCAGGACAGAGUUCAACCUCAUAUACACCUGCUCGCCCCUCAACGCAAACCUGGGGAACCCCGUGGCCACCGAUCGGCGCCUCUCUCAGUCAGAAGGAGGCUUUUCCCCCGCCGAGUCCUUCCACAGUUCCAUAAGCUGCCAGGGACUCGUUGGAGACGUGGGCCCUGGCUCCAUGUCACCCUACGGGGAGCCCCAUUACAUUGGAGGCUACCCAGACAGUGGCACACCACCUCACACCAACAACCCACCGCAAAAGAAGAAGAGGGCCAACCAGCAUACCAUUAGUCUGCUGACAGGGAAGCCAGAUUACCAGGCUAUAGCUGUAAGAAGUGAAUACAAGCCAGUACAAAAUAUGGUGUCUUUGCUGGAGUACCGUAAGAGGAAGCAGGGCAGCGGCCGCGACCCGGAGCCGGCCGGCAGCAGCUCCUCUCUCACCGGCACCUCCACCCGACCCGCCCCCCACUACAGCAGGGACUCCCAUCAUCCUCAUCCCCAUCAGCAGAAGCAGCCCCCGGCCUCCCCACACAGCUCCUUCUCCUCCUCGGCUCUCACCGCCUCUAUUCCACAGAUAGAGGAGGUCAGUCCUCCGGAGCCCCAGGGGCCCCCAGUGCAGUCCAGACGGCAGGACAGCAACAACCAGUGGAUGGUCCCCACCACCGUUGAACGUCUAAGAGAAGGUCAGGGGGUUCGAGAGCGAGUGCUGAGAAACAUCAAGAUGGAGCGGAUGUACAAGAGGAGUGACGGCUCCACAGAGAAGGAUUCUGAUCGAUAUGAGCUGCAGGCAGCAUCCGUGGCUUCUCCCAUGAAGAGUCCACACACAUACAGUCCCUCUGUGUACUCUCACCAGUCGAUAGACAGCCACCGACAGACCGACAGCCCAUCGUUCCUACAGCAAACCUCCAACUCUCCAUUCCGGGGUUCCUACAGUCCCUCAUCAGGCCAGAGCUUCUACCCUCGUCUCUCCUCCUCCCACCCAGGACUCUCCCAGGACAACCCUCCCACCUCCUACCCGAGUCCCGGCCCCACCUCCUCCUCAGACUCCCGGCCGCCGACCGGCUCGCUACACCAGCAGAGUGGCAGCAGUAACGUGGACGGAGGCCACGGCUACAGCGGCAGCCACCUAAAAGCGAGCCUUUUGAACAGUGGCCUGACGGGGGCCCCUGCCCCGGGAUCCAGGACCCACGGGCAAACUAAAGUAGACUCAGGCGCCCAGGGCUCCAGAGGGAGUCAGCAACAGGCGUCUCGCGGCCUGAAGUCGGGCAGUCCGGGCCAGGCAGCGCUGCAGGCCGGCUCCAGGCUGCUGUCGGUCUCCGGACCGACACACUACCCACAGCGAGGGACAAGCCUCAGUCAGUUCCAGCACUCCCCCCUCCAGGGACCCGGAGUAAGGACACAGUCAGGAAGCUUUUAGGACCUUGUUCCAGUGUGUAUGUGUGAGUGUGUGCACGUGUGAGUGUGUAUGAAGCUGCAAACCUCCUCAAACCCCCAAAAGCUGCAGUGGAUGGAGGAUCGGGGGGUUUGGGAGGGCAAAAUGUACAGACCUAGGAGGAGCAAGGACUUCUUUACGGAUUUCUCCUUUUCUUAUUUUCUGUCUUUUCUUUCUUUAUUUUCAGAGAAAAAACAAAUUACCACAUUCUGCACAAAGAUUAAUCAUUGACUUUGGACAUCAUCAUGGAAUCAGUGGAAAAAGCGAUUUGGACGACACAUUCUGAAGUCAAAAAAAAUAAUAACAAGAAAUCACAUGUAACUUGAAAUUGUCCCCAGUGUUUCCUCUUGUGCCAGACUGUGGAAAAUAGGCUCUAUAACGACAGAAAGUAAAAACCUUCCACACAAAUGUCUGUACAAAGUUCAAAAAAGCCGUACCUGACAUCCCGGUAACCAGGUUGGAUAAAUGCUGAGAUGCAAUGUAACUGAAAGCAAGAGUUGUUUUAUUUUCUAAUGUUUUUUUUGUUUUGUUUGUUUGCCAACGUUACUUUUUGUGAUUCGGCACACGGCCGAGUCUGCUGCAGUAAAUAAGUGUUUUGAUUUGGAUUCGGGGAAAAAUGAUGCACGUGGAAAUCAUCCGUUCUAAAGAUGCGUUGGAGAGGCGGCGGUUCUCCCUGGAAUAGGAUCAUUCCAUACGAUUACUAGCUUCUGUGUUCUCUCACUAAACAAGAAAUUGGCCCUUUUUUUUGUUUUUUGUCAAAGGUUCUUCGUCUGUUUUGUUUUCAGUUCUCUUCUGUUCUCUCAUCCCCACUGGACUGUUGUUUUUUUUUUUUAAUUUCACUUUAGGACAACUCCACUGUAGAACUCUGAUAUUGUACUUGAGACGUACAGGUCUUAUGAUUCAUGGUGCUGCAUUCUUGUUUUAUUUUCCAAUAAAUUUGAAAUCCAGUUAUGUUCCCCAUACAUGGCUGUACUCAUCUUGUCAUUAUAUAAAUCUGUUUUAUUUUCCUCAAAGUUCAUACUGAUCAUAUAUAAAUAUAUAUAUAUAUAUAUAUAUAAUAGUGGUGAAAUGCAGGAAGGAAGAAAGGCAAAUAUACUGACUUUAUUUCUAAGCUAAGAUGUGGGGUUUGACUGUUGUUAUCCUGCAGGUUUUUUUCAUUAAAUAUGUUUUUUUUUUUUUUUCUGACCAAUCCUUGCAUUCCGUUUGGCAUCGAGGAAAAAAACGGGAUCUCUGAGGGAGCGUUUGGAUUGAUCUAGGUUAUUAAAAAAAAACAAAAAAGCUGCUAUGUUCUCCCCGGAGAGCUGCUUCCCUUUCCACAGAAUGCUGUAUUUUUUUAUUUUUUAAAUCCUCACAAACUGACUGGUAAAGAAAGAGACGGUUUCUCCUGACCGCCGCUGUGGGACCUCAGACUGACGUUACGGCAGCAGGACUCGCCCUCUCCUCCCUCUCAGACUUUUUCAUUCAGGACCGGAUGUGUCGGGAAAAAUAACGGCUGCGUUUGUGUGGAAGAAUUCAAGGACCGAGGGGAAACCGGUGGUUUGACCGGACCCCUGCCCACCACUACAACCCACCACCCCCUCCCCGACAAACACACAGGAGGGUACUCAUGUUACAUGAAUGUUUGACACAUUAAAAAAAAAAAAAAAAAAAGAAAACAAGUUGUGACCCAAAAUUAACCAGCACCUUAAAACGAAAGAGAUACAACGUAAAAGACACAAUAGGACAAUAUGUAUGAUUAUGUAUGAAAUGUGAUAUAGACUUGUAUGGAGAAUAUAGUACACUGAAUUUAUCGCAUGAUAUUUGUUUGUAGGGUCUGAGUGAGCAACUUUUGUCAAGAUGGUUGGAAGCUAAGCAUCGGCUCCGUUCCUGGGUUCCUCCGAGGAGAAAAAAAAAUACAGACGCUGCAUUUUUCUCUUUCUGUUGUUGUUUUGUAAAGAUUCAUUCUCUUGGUUUUUGUUUUAUUUUUACACAGAUCAUAGUAGUAACUAUUUCAAUUGUUCCUCUCCCAAAAGAUUUAAGAAGCAAGAGAUGUAAUGCAUUUUGAUAAUAAAAAUAAUCAUGAUGGUAAUGUAUUUUGAAAACUACCAUUGUGAUGUGUCAUUUGA